AUGUCGUACUAUGAUAUGGGCGAGAAGCCCUCGGAGAGGUCAAGAUGGACGCCGUUAACAAGAAUGUUGCUGUCGGGAGAGAUGACGCAGGAACGGCAAAAGGAGUUGACGAUGCGAGAAAAGUUCGAUAAGUGGAUGAUCAACGAAGGCUACCGAAGAUUUUUUGUCUUCGUUUUCAUGGUUCUCCAUGCCCUAGUCUUUGCGUUCGGUUUCGUCAACUACGCCGUCAAGGACAACUUACAAGUAGCGAGAGAUACUUUUGGACCGACUUAUAUGAUUGCUAGAUCGUCAGCAUUGGUUCUCCACGUGGAUGUGGCCUUGAUUCUGCUGCCGGUCUGUAGGACAUUCAUCUCGAUGGCACGACAGACGCCACUCAAUGGUAUCAUCCAAUUCGAUAAGAACAUUACGUUCCAUAUCACUACUGCUUGGUCUAUCUUCUUCUUCUCCUGGGUUCACACGAUCGCUCAUUGGAACAAUCUGGCACAGAUCGCUGCUAAGAACAACCUGGGAUUCUACGGAUUUUUGGUCGCCAAUUUAGUAUCUGGUCCAGGCUGGACGGGUUAUAUCAUGUUAGUCGCGCUCACAGGCAUGGUGUUGACAUCGUAUGAGAAGCCGAGACGAGCAAACUACGAACGUUUCUGGUAUACUCACCACAUGUUUAUCGUCUUCUUCCUUUUCUGGUCUUUCCACGGUGCCUUCUGUAUGAUUCAACCCGAUUUCGCGCCGUUUUGUAUCUCGAUCGGUACCUCCGCUAUUGGUGUCUUCUGGCAGUACUGGAUGGUCGGAGGAUUUACCUAUCUGGCCGAACGAGUUGCCCGUGAAUUACGUGGACGCCACAAGACUUAUAUCUCGAAGGUUAUCCAGCACCCGAGCAACGUUUGCGAAAUUCAAAUUAAGAAGGAAAAUACCAAGACCAAGGCUGGACAGUAUAUCUUCUUCUGUUGCCCAGAAGUGUCUCUUUGGCAAUACCACCCGUUUACCUUGACAAGCGCUCCCGAAGAGGAUUAUAUCUCGAUUCAUAUCCGUAUGGUCGGUGAUUUCACGAAAGGUGUGGCUAAGGCGCUCGGAUGUGACUUCGAGAGGAAAGAGAAGGACGCGUCGACAGUUGUAGGUGUUGACGGUCAGAACAACGAGGUUGAUCCUGCCUUGAAGAGAGUCCUUCCUCGAGUAUACGUCGAUGGUCCAUUUGGUUCUGCUUCGGAAGAUGUGUUCAAGUACGAGGUUUCCGUGCUGGUCGGUGCCGGUAUUGGUGUUACGCCCUUCGCGUCUAUCCUCAAGUCGAUCUGGUAUCGGAUGAACUACCCGCAGAAGAAGACCCGUCUUGCGAAGGUAUACUUCUUUUGGAUCUGCAGAGAUUUCGGUUCUUUCGAAUGGUUCCGUUCGCUACUGAUGGCCAUCGAAGCCCAGGAUGUUGACAACAGAAUCGAGAUCCACACUUAUCUCACAGCCAAGAUCAAGGCCGAUGAUGCGACAAAUAUCAUGAUCAACGACGCCAACGCCGACAAGGAUACAAUCACUGGACUGCGCAGCCCGACCAACUUCGGACGUCCUAACUGGGAUAUGAUCUUCCGAGGUAUCAGGAAGCUGCAUUCGCCAGCUGAGGCGGGUGUGUUCUUCUGUGGACCUAAGGGUCUCGGCAGUGUACUUCACGUCUUCUGUAAUAAGUACAGUGAACCUGGUUUCUCCUUCGUCUGGGGCAAAGAAAAUUUCUAA